AAGAAGAAGAAGGAAGAGGUGAAUCAAAGAAGAGAGGGACCGCAUUCAUUCAUUGAUUCUCCAUUGGUUUCAGGAUCUGAAAGAAAGAAGAAAAGUGAUGAAGCAGCAAGAGUUGACUCUGUUGUUAUGCCUCAUAUGGAUACUAACUCUUCUAUAUGGUGAAAUGUUUGCUUAUUGGGUUCCACCAUUCUUCACAUGUUCAUGGCCCCAUCUUCACCGCACUUCUUCAAAGGUUCAAACAGAUAGUGGGAGUAAACAAUCUGAUUAUGUAAAAGUUGCUGUUAUUGCGGAUCCACAGCUGAUGGAUAGAACUUCUCUUCAUCUUCCUCCGAAAUCACGUCCCUUGGAGAUUGCGGAAUUCUACACUGAUUUAAACAUGCGUAGAUCGUUCUUUGCAUCUGUCAUGCCUUUCAAACCCGAUGCCAUAUUGUUUUUGGGUGAUUACUUUGAUGGAGGUCCUUAUUUAUCAGAUGAAGAAUGGCAGGAUUCUUAUCGUCGAUUUAGAAAUAUCUUUGGUUUGAAUGAACAAGGACAAUACAAUGACAUGAAAGUUUUCUACAUUCCUGGAAAUCAUGAUAUUGGCUAUGAAAGUCAUCAUUCUACAAAACCACAGGUUAUCCAGCGCUAUGAAGAAAAGUUCGGGGUCAGGAACUACAGAUUUACAGUUGGAAAAGUGGAUUUCAUUGCCGUUGAUUCACAAACUCUGGAUGGAAAUCGACAAAGGCAUCUGACUUCUCAAACUUGGGAGUUUUUGAAGAAUAUGUCUGUCGAUGAUGGAGUUCAUCCAAGAGUCUUAGUAACGCACAUUCCUUUAUACCGAGAAGAUAACACUUCCUGUGGUCCUGAUCGGAGUUCCCCGCCCAUCAAUCAGAGGAUACAUCACACUGUGUCUGGUAGCACUGGUUACAUAUCGUAUCAGAAUUAUGUCACUGAGGAUUCGACAGAGUACUUACUAGAUACUAUUAAACCGAAACUUAUUUUGUCAGGCCAUGAUCAUGAUCAAUGCAGCAUCACUCAUCAAUCCAAAUUUGGGCCGGUGAAAGAGCAAACUCUAGGCACUAUAAGCUGGCAACAAGGAAACUUGUACCCUUCUUUCAUGCUGUUGUCUGUUAUCAACGAAACUCAUUCAAACGCUACUGAAGAGUCUUUGUUGACUCAACUGUGUUACCUUCCAUUGCAAACACACAUUUACAUAUGGUAUGCUGUGCUGUAUGUUCUGACCAUUCUCGCCCUCCUACUUUGGCCGACGAAUAGCACAAGUCUUUGGCAUCAAUGUCGUAGCAUAGCAAUGAAUUGUAAAGAAAUACUAUCUGGCAUACUAUCUAGAACCGAGGCGAAAGAGAAAGAUGAGGAUGCUAACUAUGAAUAUGAGAUGAUAUGGGAUGUUGGAGGAACGAUGCAUCUUGUAAAGAAACCACGGAGCACACCUAUUGUGAAUUCAAGCGAGCAAAGCGUAGGGGAAUGGGGCAAUGCUGUAAUGAGACCAACUGCUAGAAAGAAUGCAGCUCAGGAAGCAGAUCUAUCUGUGAAUGUGGGUAUGAUUUCAGGCACUGCUGUUGAUCCUCUAACAAGAAUACAUCCCUCCAGAACUGGCAAAUCGAGGAUGAAGUUCAUAUUCCAAAGAUUGUUGCGCACGAUUCGAGCAAUGACUGUCAUUGCAGUAGUGAAUGUUCCUCUUUACAUGAUGCUCCUGUUCAAGGAUUGGGAUUGAUAAACAAAAGAUGAAAAAUUCUCAUUGAAGAGGGUAGAAUUUUGUAGAUCCAGUGAGAUAGUUUAAGUGUGUAAAGGCCAAAAGUCUAUGGUAGAUGGGUUUGUAAAUCUAACUAUUGUUCAUGUCAUUUGCAGAGUACCCCUAAAGGUUCAACAUAUUUGCUAAGAAAAAAAAGAGCUUGAUUUUCAAUCUCGUUGUUGAGUAUCAUUUUGUACUAUAUCUAACUAGAAAGGGGAUUGAAUUUUGGAA